CAGUAGCAGCAGUAGGUGUCGCCUCACCUGGCUGUAACUCACCUACCUAGCAACAGUGUCGGAAGCUGCCCGGUCAGAAUUACUUACUAGUGUCAGUAGUGCCUUCCCCGCAUCUGAUUCUGAUCUGACCGAUUCUCACUUCAAUUUCUCUGCAUCAUCGUGGUGAUGAGACGGACGGAUCUCUUCUCCAGUUGACUGGCACCGGAGGAGGGGAGGGGAGGGAGAGGAGAAGAGAAGAUCGAAGCCAAGAUGUCUGAGGUGGUGGCGAUGGCGGGGCAGGCGUACAUGAGGCAGCUGCAGGCCCACCCGCUGCGCACCAAGGCCAUCACCUCCGGCGUCCUGGCCGGGUGCAGUGACGCGGUCGCUCAGAAGAUCUCCGGCGUCACCAAGCUCCAGCUCAGGAGGCUCCUCCUAAUCGCGCUAUAUGGAUUUGCAUAUGCGGGACCCUUUGGCCAUUUCCUCCACAAGCUUAUGGAUAGGUUUUUCAAGGGAAAGAAAGGAAAAGAAACUACAGCCAAGAAGGUCUUAUUGGAGCAGCUGACCGCAUCUCCAUGGAACAACAUGAUGUUUAUGAUGUAUUAUGGUCUGGUGGUUGAAGGCAAAUAUAUUUUCCACUUGAAAGUUCAUUGGAGACCAUUUGGACAAGUAAAGAGCAAGGUGAAGAAGGACUAUGCAUCUGUCCAAUUGACAGCUUGGAAGUUCUGGCCAAUAGUAAGUUGGGUCAACUAUGAACACAUGCCGCUCCAGCUCCGAGUUCUUUUCCACAGCUUGGUCGCAUCCUGUUGGGCAGUAUUUCUGAACCUAAAAGCAGCAAGAUCCAUUGUCAAUACUAAGAAGGCAUAAAGGCAGCUAUGCCACGAGGAAUCAAAAUUAGACCAGAUGUCAUGAUCUGUACUGCCGUUUGAGAGCAAAACCACAUACAUCUAGGCUCUGUUUUGAAUUUUUCGCGCAGGAGAUGGACUGUUUUCUCUCCGGUUCGAUGUCAUCAGUAUGUACUUUGUGUAGAAGUAAAUUUGUGCACAAAGAAUGUAUGCUACGACGCUCUUGUUUGUAUGUGAAGGGACCGGACCGGACCGGACCGGACUUAAACCCUACA